AUGAUCUGUGAUGCAAUGGGCUCGUGGUGGCCGUGGAUCUACUUUGUCAGUCUUAUUCUGCUCGGAUCGUUCUUUGUCAUGAAUCUGGUCCUCGGUGUACUGAGCGGCCCAUUUCAACUGGUCGAAAAGAUUGCAUUGGCACCCAUAGCUUCUGCAAUUACGCCUAUCCCAACUCAUUUUCACUUUGGUACAGGUAAUUUCCAAAUGACUUUCGCUUUUUCUUACCUCUACAGCGAGUUCAGCAAGGAAAAGGAGAAAAUCGACAGAAAAGAGCUGUUUCAGAAACAACGACAAGAGAAAAGAGAACAACAGGACUAUCAGGGCUACAAGGAAUGGAUUGAAUUCGCAGUGUUGGGCGAAGAGAUACGAAAAUCGGUUCCACCAGAAGACGACGGCGAAUUCUUCUUGACUCGUUAA